UCAAGUUCGUCUGAACCAGACACUGGCAUUAGCCAGUUUUCAUUGGUCAAAAGAUCGCCGACAUGGAAUAAUUGUGCUACUAACUGUUACAUACAUACAGUGUGGGACAAAAAAACUGUCACAAAAUUAUACAUCACAGAUUUAAGUCUAGAGCGCCCGAUCCACGACAUAUCUUCACACCGUUACAUACAGACGAUCAUGAAGCCACAAUUGCUAUUAAAAAUGUUCUAG